UCUAUUAGUUCUUAUUUUGAUAGGUCCUACCGGAAGUGGCCUCACGUUUUAAAGAACUGUAGCUAGCUAACUGGUGGACGUAGAUGGACAGGUUACCGGUAGGUAGUUUGGAGCUGGUUUGGAGCUUUUACCUUUGUGUCGCGGUGAGCAGUGAUGGAGCAGUUAUAGGUGUUGGUGGGAACAAAGAGAGAGAUGGUCUUUUUAACAGUCUGACCUGAAGAAAAACAACAGUCUGCCAAAUGAAGAACAGAGACCUGGGUUACAUGAUGGGGGAGCCUGUGACUCUGAAUGUGGGCGGCUGUGUGUACAGCACGUCUCUGUCCACACUGCAGCGCUAUCCUGACUCCAUGCUGGGAGCCAUGUUCGGGGGAGACCUGCCCACCGUCAGGGACGCAAACGGAAACUACUUCAUCGACCGGGACGGCCUGCUUUUUCGCUACAUCCUCAACUUCCUGAGGACGUCAGAGCUGACGCUGCCGUGCGACUUCAAGGAGACCGAGUUGCUCAGGAAGGAGGCUGACUUCUAUCAGAUCGAGCCCCUGAUCCAGUGCCUGGGAGACCCCAAACCCCUGCUGCCCUACCCCACUGACACUUACGAGGAGGUGGUGGAGCUGUCCAGCACCAGGAAGCUGUCUAAGUACUCCAACCCGGUUGCAGUCAUCAUCACCCAGCUCACCAUCACCACCAAGGUCCAUGCAUUGUUGGAGUCCAUCUCCAGUGGUUUCACAAAGUGGAACAAACACAUGAUGGACACCAGAGACUACCAGGUGUCCUUCACCUUCGGACCAUGUGACCACCAACAGGAAGUCAGCCUGCGUGUCCACCUGCUUGACUUCAUCGCUAAAGCUGGUUUCACAAUACGCAACACACGUGUUCACCACAUGAGCGAACGGGCCAAUGAGAACACGGUCGAACAUCAUUGGACGUUCUGCCGACGUGCCCGCAAAGUCGCAAACUGAUGGAGGAACUGAUGGAGACGGAUAUGUUGAGAGACAGAAGUUGGUCAGGGUGUCUGCAGACAGAGAAUUAUUUGUGGAGACUUUGUUGUUAAGUGUAAAUGUUUUGUACGACAUGUGUUUUUGAAUCACAAAGAAAUCCUUUUUUUGGAAAGCUUUCUCUCAGCUGGUGAGGUUACUGAAGGCUAGCACAUAAGCUACAUGUAGUAUGAUAUGAUGAGACGUUUUGGAAUCACAUGUUCAUCUGUCACCGAAAGCUGCAAUGUUUGGGCCACAUAUUAUCGGACAUAUUAGCAAUAUCACAAAUCUAUUGUAGUAAUUGCAAAUUAAACACUUGGGAAAAUUCUGA